AAGGCCUAUAAAAGAGGGAGCAUCCACCGGACCGACACCAGAGGAGACCCACAUCAGGUAGAACCACAAUGAAGCCUUGCUUUGUCCUUAUUUUGUUGGCUGCAGGUGCAGCUUCCAGAAUGAUUGAGAAGAGGGUUAUUGGGAGCAAGUCCUGUGACAAGGACAGGCAGUACCACGUCCAGAUAGAGUCUGUUCAAGGUGGGAAGGUCUGCGGAGGCGCUCUGCUCAACACCCGCUGGGUCAUCACAGCGUCUCACUGUGCAGAGCAGAAUGUCAAAGUGAAGCUCGGCAUAAACAACGAUGUGUCAUUUCUUACAAAAGCCGCUUCAUGGUUCAAAGGAAACUCCAAAAAACAUGAGCAAAUCAUUCCCAUUAAUCAGCAGCACACCUUCACAAAUGAAGAGAGUAAACAUGACAUUAUGCUCAUACGGCUAAAUGAGGACAUGUCAGCCAAAACUCCCACCAUCAGCCUUCCUUCAGGAGAGUGCACUAAGCUGGAGCCAAAAGCUAAAGUGGAGAUUGGAGGCAUGGGAGCAAGCAAAACAGGGGGUAAACCUGUCAAGGAAGUAAGAUGCGCCACAACAGUGAUCUCUGAGUGUGGUGAGAACGACAAACCUGACAGUAAAUACGCCAGUGAAGAAUCUACAGUCUGUGCCUUCAAACCUGGAGUGGAGUCCUGCCAUGGGGAUGCAGGCUCAGCUGUGGAGUACGAAGGUCAUUUACACGGAGUUGUCGUUAGCGAGCCUACAGAUAACUGUGUCAAAACCAUUGUUAUGCUGGAUAUCUGCCAUUACAUGGAGUGGAUUGAGAAAACCAUGAAGGAAAACUGAGUAAACUCAGCGUUUCAUAUUUAUUAAUCACAAGGAAAUAAUAUAUUAACUUAUUUAUGCAUUUGAGUCAUACUCUAUAUGUUGAUUACAUGCAUAUUU